UACUGGACCUCAAUUUAGCGGCGGGAAAGCGGACCGUUUCCGAGCGGCCUCUGCCUUCCCCGAGUGGUGUUUAGCCUGUCGCCCUAGCCCGCGAUGGAGACGCAGCCCGAGGAAGAAGGCGCCCCCGAGCCCGCGGACUGCGCAGGGGCAGGCGGGCCGCCCCAGGCCGCCGGCGCCCAGGAGGCGCGCAGCGAGGACCGCUUGACCCUGCUGCUCAGGUUGAGAGCACAGACAAAACAACAGCUCUUAGAAUAUAAAUCGAUGGUUGAUACAAAUGAAGAAAAAACUCCAGAACAAAUCAUGCAAGACAAGCAAAUCGAAGCUAAAAUUGAAGACCUGGAAAAUGAAAUUGAAGGGGUAAAAAUUACUUUGGAAAUGAAAAAUCUUACAUUAGACAGGAUGCAGCUUUCAACUGCACUUAAAAAACACUUGGAGAAAAUUAACAUCAAGACUAGUGUGCUCAUGGAUAACAUGAAACAAAUAUUAAAUCUGAAUAAGUUAAUAAUGAAAUCACAGCAGGAAUCUUGGGAUUUAGAGGAAAAACUGCUUGAUGUUAGAAAGAAGAGACUGCAAUUAAAACAAGCUUCAGAAAGUAAGCUUUUAGAAAUACAGACUGAAAAGAACAAACAGAAAAAUGAUUUGGACAAUAUGGAAAAUUCAGAGAAGAUAAAGAUCAUGCAACAAAACCUACAGAAGGAGAUACACAUUACUACAGUUAUUCAACAUGUAUUCCAGAACCUCAUUUUGGGAAGUAAAGUCAAUUGGGCUGAAGAUUCGGCAUUUAAGGAAACUGUUCUGCAGCUUGAGAAGAAUCUCACCACACUCUAAUAAGAAUUCUGUUUUGACAUAUUUCAUUUUUGUCUACAAUAUGUAAUUUAAUAGCAAAUUCCAAGUGAAAUGUAUUUUCAGUGUCUUUGGAACUAUUCUAAAACUGCAAAAUUUUUUAGCUUUAGUUAUCAUUCUAAUAUGAAAUCUAUUGUUUUAAAUAUGAUAAUGAAAGUGACCGGCAUAGUCUAAAAUCAUCUGAAAAUCUUAGCUUUGAAAUGGUCCUAAAAGACAUCUGAUCCAACUUUCCAUUGAAUAUGGACAUUUCUUCUACAUUUCUGGCAGUCUCAACUUUUUACUGGAACACUCUGUACAUUUGUUUAUCAACCAUAAUUUUAGAAAAGUAUAUCCAAAGGGUUAUUUGUAGUGGGAUUGGGAAUGACCUUUUUCUUUUUCUAUGUUUUUGUGCAUCACUAUUUUUUUUGCAUUAGUUUUAUAAGUUAAGAAAUAAAAGGAAUAAGUGUUACUCUGUCUUAUUAAUUAUAAUAGAACUUGCCACCUUUUAUAUAGCAUGCCAUUCUGGUUUUGGAAAACUCUUAAUUUGAACACUUUAUUAAUUUGGAGCUAUUGAUCUUUUUUACAGAUAAUGUAGUGUUUUCAACAUUCUUUUUAGAGGG